AUAAAGGAAGAGGCACUGAGGACCUAUCUUUUCACAUAUUCUUCUUCUUAUAAUUCUUUGAGUUUGGAUCAGCUUGCAGGGAUGUUUGACCUUUCAGAUUCACAGAUCCAUAGCAUCGUGAGCAAAAUGAUGAUUUCUGAGGAGCUUCAUGCAAGCUGGGAUCAACCAUCCCGAUGCAUGGUCUUUCACGAUGUUGAGCAUACAAGACUGCAGGCUUUGGCAUUCCAGUUGACGGAAAAGCUGUCAGUAUUAGCAGAAAGUAAUGAAAGAGCAACAGAAUCGAGGAUAGGUGGUGGUGGAUUGGAGGGCAAUCCCCUGAAGCGCCGGGACGGCCAAGAUUAUGCUGCUGCAGCUGCUGGUGCUGGUAAGUGGCAGGAUUUCUCCUUCUCACAAGGCAGACAAGGUGGUGGUGGUGGCCGAACAGGAUAUGUAGGUGGUAGAUCAGCUUCUGGGCAAGCAUCGAGGGACCGUACUAACCAGGCCCGGGGGACUUACGGUGGUCAAGGCUCAAGAUAUCAGAGUGGUGGAGGUGCGAGGGGAAGUCAGAUGGAUGGAUCAGGUCGCAUGGUUAAUCUUAACAGGGGGGUCCGCACUUAGAGAGCUGUGCACAAAGUUUUGCAUAAGAGAGAAUCACAGAGCACUUUGAGGUCCUGGUUGUAGUAAAUUUAUAGCUUUCUUUGUUUCAUAACUCAAACGUUUCAUUGUGUUACAUUGUUUUCAGCGACUUUGUAGCAUCCUUUGGCAAUGCUUUACUGCUUCUCUCACUUAAUGACAUUCAUUAUGUUGGGUACAUUCCUUUUUAAUGUAAUCUGCAUCGAUUAUUAGCUGGUGGUACG